AUGUCUGCGGAUCUGCUGGCUGAGUUUGGAACCGGUGUGACUUCAUCAUCGUCCCGGGCAAGCAAUAAUAAUCAUAAUAACAAUAACAAUAAUAGAUCAUCACAGCAACAGCAACAACAACACGCCAAGUCGGCAUUUCCUGAUCUUGGUCUUGAGUCCUUUGGGCCUGUCGCGUCCACAACGAACCCCUCGUAUAAUCAUGGCCCGGUGAGAACCAGUGGCGGUGCAGGAGGAGGAGGUUUAUGGCGUCGCGACGAUCAAGGAGCAGAGGUGUUAUUUGAUGCAUCCACGGAGGACGUCCCUACUGGAGACGACGAUGACGACUGGGGAGAGUUCGAGUCUGCGGAUCCCGUUGCUGAUAAGAAGUUGGUCGAUGUAGAGGUGGAUGAUGAGCCAAAUCCAAAAAUUCCACCCGCGUCGACGCACAGCACCAGUUCAAAGCCGAUUAAUACUUCCCAAACUUCUGCUUUACUAGACCUACUUUCGCUGGAUGAUACUCCUUCAUCCACCAACAAGGCUCCAGCUACGUCGGCUCCCCAAAGCCAAGCGCCUGCGCAAACUAGUUCUACGGCAUCUUUCAGAGAUCCUAUCCUUCAACAACGGAACACAUCGACCAAAUCAUCAGAUGACCAAUUUGAUGACGAUUGGGGAGACUUUGUUGACGGCUUUGAAGAGAGUCGUCCAGCCGCGCCUGGACCGGCAGGAACCGUCAAGGCGAAUCCUCCAAGUCUUACUCGGCCAAGUCAAGUAAGGCACACCGUGGAGUCGGCGAGCAAACCUAACAAUCAGAGCUCAAAGCCUGAAGUACGACCGACAAAUAUCCCUCCGCCAUCUAUUCUACUCCAGCUGUUCCCGUCAAUCUUUGAGGAAUUCCGCGAAGGAGGAUACAAAGCUAAGCAUGAUCCUGGAUCUACCGCCUCGGAUUUCGCACCCCGUCUGGCGUCCACCCUGAAAGUCGCGGCCCGCAUUAUUGCUGGUCGUGCAUUGCGGUGGAAGAGAGAUACGAUAUUGAGCCAGAGCACCAAGAUUGGCCCUUCCCGGUCCGGGAAAGCAGGCGGAAUGAAGCUGAGUUCAGUCAGUAAAAGCGAAAGCGUUAAGGAGGAGCAGGAGGCUGUCGGGGUUAUCGAAGCCUGGCGUCGCCACGCCGCCUUUUUCAACUCAGCAAUCUUGUCAUCGGGCGGGCGUCCCGUACCUGUCGUUACCGACAGGAUCCGAAUCGAGACUGCGGGUCCGAGCCAGGGAGCUCUGACGGCGCCUCACGCAUGUGCUCUCUGCGGAUUGAAGCGCGAUGAACGGCUUCCCAAGAUCGACGAGAAUGUCGAGGACAGCUUUGGGGAGUGGUGGACUGAGCACUGGGGCCAUACGGAUUGCAAGCGCUUCUGGGAUGAAAAUUCGAAACGUCUGCAACGACGAUGA